GGGUUGGAAAAAAAAACGAUAAACAGGUCGGUGGGUCGAGACGAUCUCGACUGCACUGCACCACUGCACCACAUCGUUGCUACAUCGCCCAAGUUUAAGUGAAACGCGUCCAAGAUAACCGUAAAUAUUCCACCCCUCCCCCAAACCCCAACCAUCCCGCUGGCGUGCGCUUUAUACGACCCCCACGAUGUCUCGGCAGUCGGGUCGCACGCCGCUGCCGGGGCGUGGUGGGGGCACCACACACCGCACACCCACUCCCACACCCCCACGCACCCGCAUCCGCAUCCGCACCAUCAGGCGCAUCCCUCGCUACCCGCCAUGCAGCAGCACCACCUCCAGCAGCAGCAACAGCAGCAGCAGCAGUUGCAACAGCAACAACAACAGCAGCAGCAGGAGCAGCAACAGCAGCAACACUUGCAGCAACUGCAUCAGCAUGCCGCUCACCACCACCUGCCUCAGCCUCUGCAUACCACCAGCCUCCAUCACAGUGCGCUGCCCCACCAGCAGCAGCAUUCCGUGGUCGCAUCCUCGCCCUCCUCGGUGCUCCAGCAGCAGCAGCAGCAGACGACACCCACCACACAUUCCACGCCCACGCAUGCGGUCAUGUACGAGGAUCCCCCGCCUGUGCCAAUUGUCGCCGUGCAGCAGCAACACCUCCCCGCUCCCCAGCAGCAGCAGCAGCAACAACAGCAGCAGCAGCAACAACAGCUGGCGACAACACCGGUGGCCGGCGCCCUCAGUCCCGCCCAAACUCCCACUGGACCCUCCGCCCAACAGCAGCAGCAGCAACAACAGCAGACGCAGCAGCAACAUCUCACCUCGCCCCAUCACCAGCAACUGCCCCAGCAGCAACAGACCCCGAACAGCGUGGUCAGUGGCGCCUCCUCGAAUCUCCAGCAGCAGCAGAACUCCACGCUCCCUCCUGGCCAGACACAAAUCGUUGCGCCCACCACGGCGAGUGUUUCUCCCUCCAGUGUUAGUUCGCAGAAGGAAGACAUAAAUAUGUCCAUCCAAUUAGCGCCACUGCACAUACCCGCCAUCCGGGCCGGACCAGGGUUCGAGACGGACGCCUCGGCGGCUGUCAAGCGGCACCCUGCGGCCCACUGGGCCUACAACGAGGAGUUCAACCAGACAUACCCCCACACAUACGGAUCACCGUACGGCAUGGAGCCUCGCGAUCGCAAGCACAUGUUCCCGUACCCCCCCUAUACAGAUACCCAGUUUCAGGGCUGGCCCUAUACAUACCGCCCCGACCAGACGACCUACAUGAGCGCCACCGAGGACCGCCACGUGACUGCAGCAGCGUCGGCCCGCCAGUCCGUCGAGGGUACUUCGCAGUCCAGCUAUGAGCCGCCCACCUACUCCUCGCCGGGCGGACUUCGCGGCUAUCCCAGCGAGGCCUACUCCAGCUCAGGAGCCUCCGGAGGAUUGUCAGUGGGUGCCGUGGGUCCUUGCACGCCCAACAACGCCCUGCACGAGUGGACCGGUCAGGUGUCCGUCCGGAAAAAGCGAAAGCCCUACUCCAAGUUCCAGACCCUGGAGCUGGAGAAGGAGUUCCUCUUCAAUGCGUACGUGUCCAAGCAGAAGCGCUGGGAGCUGGCCAGGAAUCUGCAACUGACCGAGCGACAGGUAAAGAUCUGGUUCCAGAACCGGCGCAUGAAAAACAAGAAGAACUCACAGCGCCAGGCCAAUCAGCAGAACAACAACAACAACUCGAGCAGCAACCACAACCACGCCCAGGCCGCCCAGCAGCACCACAGCAACCACCACCUGAGCCUCGGCCUGAGCAUGGGCCAUCACUCCACCAAGAUGCACCAGUGACCCUUGGACAACAGCAGCGCGGGCGCCAUGGGCUUUGCCACCUACUAGCAGUUAGCCAACCCGGGUUUGGGUCCAGCUUCCGGCACCGGCACCGGGAAUCCCGCCCAGCCGCAUCCACCCAACCCGAUGGCCGAUCCGCAAACGCAUUCGCAUCCGCAUCCGAAUACCCAUCUGAUCAAAAACGAACUGGCACUGGACUUCCCCUGUUAGCCAAUCAAUUAAAUGUACAAAAAAAUAAUGAAAAGAUAAUGGAUAACGCAGAUCUCUGGGAUUCGAGGAGUUGAGGAACUGCAUCUGGAAGGAGGAGUAAGCUAGGACUCGCAGGCGUCGCUGUUCAUUGCUGACAAAGAUGUUGAUUGAAAUGCAGUUAAUUAUUAAGUAAUAGAGAUCUAAGCCGAAUGCAUUCAGCUUAGUUCGGUAGAUGAAUAUAGAUACAAGAUACAAGAUACAUGAUACAAGUAAGGAGGAGAAGUAGCAGCAGACACAGAUGCACUUUAGAUUCGCAACUGUUUGAAAAUAUAUAUAAAUAUGAAGAUGUAUGUAUUUCUCUCUCAAAGCUUUCAUUAACCCUAAGCGAGCACUAUGAAUUUUCUGAAUUAUAAAUUAUAAACAAAAAUAUGAAUAUAUAAUCCCGCAUAAAUUAUGAAAACACGCGUUCGAGUAGUAAAUUUUACCAUAACUAUCCAUGUAAGAGCGGUAGGAUGAGCACAUCGUAGACCCAGCUAAAAUGUUAUUGAAACAAAAACUAAAAUUGUAUAACAAUUUAACGAGAUCCUCUCAGCCCUCCUCACUACCAACACCCAGUCUCGCUGGCACACAUACACACACUUCAAUUUCAACUUCAACAAAAUCCACACACAAUCUCCGCGGUCUAGGAUAAAUUUUGUCGUACAAUGUUCGUCGUGUCGUGUCCUUUGAUACUAUUUAAGUUCCUGUAUAUAAACUAAGACAUUGCGCUGACUUCCGGACGAAGCAAACACCCGAUAAUUAAAUUAAAAUCAAAUAUAUAUUUAUAUAGUAAUUGUACUACUAUAUGAACUCGAAUUCGAUUUUAGCAAAAAUGUUAAUCGUAAGUCGCAAAAUUUCAAUGUGUGUGUGCAUGUUUACUCCCUAGUUGAAGUCGCUUUCGAAUUAAAUUAACUCUAAACUCGUACUCGUAAUUCUUAAAAAAAAAAA